UAAUUAUAUGGUAUAUGAUAUAUACUACCUGCAACAUAGAAAACACUAAUCCGAAAGUUUCAAAUUGAAUUAAAAAUACAUCGACUUUAAAUACGUUGCACACUUCACACGAAAAGCAUCAUACCCUUCGCGAGGGUAUACAAAUUAUCAAUGAGCGCUCGGCUUUAAAUAAGAGUAUGUCCCCCAAAAAACACAACAUUUCGUGUUUGGGAUUCAUAGCGCUCGGACCGCUUGCAGCGCGAUUACUCAUUUUCGCCGGGAAUCGCCUCCAUCGCACCACAGAGCCACAUUCAGGUUGGGACUCGUUCCGGCCGCCAGCUAUCUUAGAAUCAGGAUGAAGUAUUUUGGCGGAGUCGAAGGGGGAGCCACGCACUCCAGGCUGGUCAUCUGCGAUGAGACCGGUCAGUCAGUGGGCUCUACGAGCGGCUUGGGCACCAACCACUGGGGCAUCGGCAUCCCGGAGUGCGCCCGUCGCAUCACCGACAUGGUGGAGCGGGCCAAGGAGGAGGCAGGCAUAUCCAAGGACACGCCCCUCACAAGCUUGGGUCUAAGUCUCAGCGGCUGCGAGCAGGAGGCCACCAACCGCGAACUGGAGCAGGAGCUACGCACAACAUUUCCAAAUCUGGCCGAGAGCUAUGCCGUUUCCAGUGACACCAUGGGCAGCAUGUUCACAGCAUCCUCCAUCGGCGGCAUGGUCCUGAUCUCGGGCACGGGGUCUAACUGUCUGCUGCGCAAUCCUGACGGCUCCACCUCGAAUUGCGGCGGUUGGGGAAACUUCCUCGGGGACGAGGGCAGCGCCUGGUUCAUCUCGUACCGCGCCGUAAAGGUGGUCUUUGAUCACAUGGACAACUUCGAGAAGUCGUCGGCCCCCGUGGAGAAGACCUGGGCCCUGAUCAAGGAGCACUUCAGCAUCGAGACACGGUACGAUUUGCUGCCCCACUGCUACGCCAAAUUCGACAAGCCCUUCUUCGCCAAUCUGUGCAAGAAGCUGGCCCAGAAUGCAGAGAAUGGUGACGAACUGGCACGCGGUUUGUUUCGCGAGGCCGGCGUGCAUCUGGCCCGUUUGAUUGUUUCUCUGCUGCCCAAUGUCCACAAGGAUCUGGUCAAGUCGGGUGACCUCAGCGUGGUGUGCGUGGGUUCGGUGUGGUCCAGCUGGGACCUGCUAAAGGAGGCCUUCACCGCGGAGCUCUCCAAGACGCCUAUUGACUUUAACCUUAAGAUGGUCAGCAUCACCAAGAGCAGUGCCUACGGAGCCUGCUACCUGGGUGCGGAUAACGCCAAGUUUGAGCUACCGCGCAACUAUGCGGACAAUGUCACAGUCCUGCACACGUACACGGAUCCACGGAGGAAGUCGGAGGUUAAGACCAACGGGGUGGGCAAAGCGCCAGUAGCCGUGUAGUUGUUAGAUGAAUCCAUUCCGAAAUAGGCAAUCAAAGUGGCCAAGUGUUAGCAGACGCACUUAGCGGCUUAUCUAUGAUGUUGGAUACCAGAUACCCCUAUCCCCAAAGUUAUGACUUGGUGCCAACCGAGAGAGUAUAUAUUUAUAUUUCAUUAGCCUUGAUGAGCUCCUAGGUGAACUUUAAUAAGUUGGUUAGCUUCCUUGCUUGUUUUUUAUAUAGUUAAAAUUAAAAAACACAAAAGCCCUUUAUCUAAGCCACCGAAAUAGUAAUUUUCCGACUUAUUGGGUUUGUUAGAAAUACGUAUGAAAAUUUUAUUCGAUAAUGUUCAUUGUAUUAAUUGUGUAAAUGUGUCUCAAUGUUGGCUGUUGUUACAAUAUCUUCCAUUAUAAUUGCUGCAUCUAAUUUGUAAUACUUUGAUUGUAUUUAAAGCCAAUUCGUUUUUAUUUCGCCGUGCUGUCUGUCGUCAAUUCUUUGGCUAAUUUGAUUCUCAAAUCGGGGGCGCAAACGAGAGCGUGUCUAUUUUGUAGCGAAGAAAUAAAGAGAGGCCAAACGCAA